UAAUUAAAUUUUGUUUGGACGAUCUUUACUUUACUAGCCUGAUCCAUCUUUUUUUGUGAUCGUGUCUUUCCUCGACUUCCCGAUCCUUUAACGAGACGAGCAGGCAAGAAUGGAUCUCUCCUGCUUUCUAGACUCUACCACGCUGUUUGUGAUAUUUGUGCUGACAGCACUAGGUAUCCUAUGGGCCUACGUGACCAUAGGGGGUAAGCAAGAACAGCCCAAUCUAACUACCCUCUAUGAGCCUCCGUCUGGAGGUCCCAAGGCGAGCUCUGGGAAGAAGGCAAACAAAGGAAAGGCCAAAAAACAGGGUGAUACCAGCCCCAGGGCAACUCCUAAAACACGAGAGACGAAACCUGAGUCAAAACCAGAGACCACCACCACCACCACCACAUCUGUCAGGAAACGAAAGACUGUCACUGAAACAGUCAAGGCUGCCCAGGGAUCUAAAGGCAAGGGUCGCAAAGUUCAAGUUCAAGUUCAAAUUGUCCCUAAACCUGAGGAGGAAGUUGAAAAGGAACAGUCUGAAGGAAAUGAAGGAGAAUGGCAGACCCAGUUAUCCCGGCAACAGAUUCGUGCCCAACGUCAGAAGAAGCAGCAAACUGAGAGCCCAACUCCCUCUGAGGCAAUCAGCCGUGGGAACGAGGGGGAGGAGGAAGGGAGAAAAGCAGCCUCUGGGGAAAAAACCACCAGCUACAGUAAAGGUGGUCGUCGUGGGAAGGCAAAGAAACAACGUGAGACAGAUGCGAGCAAGAGCAGAGAGCCAGUGAAAGACAUGACUAGUAAAGAUACAGCUGAGGUCCCUGAGGCUACUGUAGCCACUGCUGAGAAGACUACCCCUCCCACCAGUGAGGCUGGUCCAAGUGGGGAAAACCGUAUCUCCCCUCCGCCGGAGGCUAGCAAGGUACAGGAACUGACAGAGGUGGAGAAGGCACUCCUGGAAGCAGCUGAGAGCUCCCCCAGUCCUGAGCACAACGGUGACGGUGAGGUCGCUGAAGUGAAGCCAAAGAAACAGAAGAAAUCGAAACGAAAAGGUACCAAAGACACGGCCAGGGCGUCCCCUAGCCCUGAGUUUAGCACUAAGGACCAUGACGAUGACUGGGUAGAGGUCAUCAAGAAAUAGCUGGCAGCUUCAGAUAAUCAUUAUAAUUUUAGGCAUUUGUGUAUAGUAGGAAUAUACAAAAUAAUAUUUAUAGUGUUUUCUAUAACUGCUUUUGUAUGUCUUUUUUGUACACUAAUAAUUAUAUCAAAACAGUGUUAUUCAUUAUUGAUCUCACA